AUGUCUGUCCUGGGUGACAUCGAUGCUAAGGAUGUGGAUGAUAUUGGAAUUGAUAAAGAUUUAGCUCGGGAAUCUUUUACCUUAUCAGUAGUGCAUCCGAAAGUUGAGAUGAUCCGGUGUCGGCUUUCAACCCAUACCAUCUAUCUGAAGGGUCCAGACGUUGAUAUUGAUUUUGUCGGAGUCAGGAUGACGUCAAUACCCACUUCAUUAAACCGGGAAUUAGAUACGUCACCUUCGGAUCAUUUAUUCUUCUCUUUAGUGUCCACCAUCUUUUUUCUUCCACUAGGCGUUGCGGCAAUAUUACAGGGUCUUAAGGUACGAAAAGCUCUGAAAUUAAAUGAUUUACCAACAGCAGAGUAUGCCUCUGCCAGAGCAGCUAGAUUUGCAUUAUCAGGAGUGUUACUAGGAGCCAAUAUGGCGGCUAUUGUCACAUUUAUCACUGCUGAAGAUGGAGCAAGCUGCGACCAGCCAGAAAAUGGUCUACGUACAAUCAUAGACACACAUCUGAUAUACGUAUUUAUUAUGCUACCUCAGUUUACUAUGGUGGCAUCCAUAAUAUUUAUAUUCCCAGAUACUGAUGAAGAAGAAAAUAUAAUCAGUGAAGGAAACAAAUCGAGCCCGGAAAUACAACCAAUGUGUACAGAGAUCAAAGUGCAUUCUCCACCCGAGGUUGCAACGAUACGUGACUGUCCGCCCUGUACUUAUGCAACCGCGCUUAACAAUGCCGACGAAAACUUGACAAGGUCUAGCAAACAUCCACCAUAUGAAGAUGUGACAGCGUCACAUUUAUGCUCAUCGUAUGACAGCGUGACAGCUUCAUGUCACUGCCUAUCGUGUGACGGUGUGGCGGCUUCGCGUUACUGCUUAUCGUGUGACGAUGUGACAGUGUCACGUCACUCUUCGUCGUUUAACGGAGUAACAGCGUCACCUUACUGUCAAGCAUCACUUAACUAUCUCACAUGUAAUACGUCACGUUUAUGUGUAUCGUGUGCUUACUUGAAAUUGUCACAGUUUAUAAUAUUUGUGUAUUUAAGUUUUGUGAUUUGGGGAAUGAAGCCUGUGAGUAUAUUAUUACAGGAAUUUCGAUGUAUUGACAGACAAAACAUUGUUAAUGGAUUCAUUCUACUGCCACCUUUUGUGUUUUCCAGUGGAAUUUAUCUUUUAACUAUCUUUAGUCCUUUAGUACUUUCACUCAGUCACAAAUAA